GCGGGCCCGCGACCCGCACUCCGCAGCAAUCACAGCCCGGGGCAGCAGGCGGGAGCACGGGCGCAGGGUGUCCCGAACUCUUCCGCCGUCUCCCAUCGCAGGCAUGUAGCGGUUCCAGUCGGGUUCUGCAAAAGUCCGCGCGUUGUGGUUCUCAACGUCGGAGCGGCGCGCGUCUGGAGGGUUGCCGCUGCUGCGCUUGGAGCCCCGCGCGUGAAGAACAGGAGAAGGCGGACAGGAGAAGGCGGACAGGCGUGAAGGACGCGCGCGCGAACGGGUCAACUGUCCUACGGACGAGAGAAAUCUGUGAAGAUGAGUAGGAGAGCGGAACUGUUUGGGGGCGCACCGCGCUUCCUCUCCCGACCGAAGGCAUGCACGGUGCCGCAGGGCCAGGAUGCCACUCUCAGCUGCCAGAUCGUAAGCUCCCCGAGCCCCACCGUCACCUGGGAAAAGGACAGCAAGCAGAUCCGCUCGGGAGGCCGCUACAAGAUUGUGGAGGAGGGCAACACAUACCGCAUGACGGUGCGAGACCUCAUGCUGUCCGACAGCGGCCAGUACAUCUGCAGGGCCCGCAACUACGUGGGCGAGGCAUACGCGGCCGUCACGCUGGUGGUGGAGUACACGCCGGGCUACAGGCAGGAAUCGAGCGCUCCACUCCUGCCCCAUGAGCCUCCCGCGUUCAUCAUGAGGCCGACCUCACAGAAAGUCUCCCAGGGGUACAGCGCCACGUUCACCUGCAUGGUGAGCGGGCGCCCGGCGCCCACCGUCACCUGGCAGCGGGACGGCAAGAACGUCGACAACUUUGUGGACAGCUACCGCUUCCUUACCGAGGGCAGAGACGGCAUGCACACGCUGAAGAUCAACAGCGUCCGCCCCAGCGACAUGGGCACCUACAGCUGCAAGGUGAAGAACAGCGCCGGGGAGGUCAAUGCGUCCGCCAUCCUGGGAGUUCCGUCGGAGCAGAUUUUGUGGUCAAAGCCCCCGUCGACGGCUUACGGCAAGAAGGAGGAGGACACACCGGCACUGUCGUACAUGCACCGCAAGAGGUUCGACUAUCACCAAUAUUCGAGCAACGCGUUGACAUCUCGGCUGAGUCCCUACACGUCGUACCGGAGCUACUCGCACUCGCCCGUGCGUCCGCAGGAGGAGGAGGAGACCUCCACCAGGUCCUACUCGCGAUCGCCCAGCCGCUACGGCCGAGAGCAGUUGUCUCCCACCGACGCGGCCACAAUGCGUGCAAGAAGCAAGUCGCCCAUUUACCGGCAGGAGUCCCGGGCCCCCCGCGCCCCCUCCCCCAGCCGCCCCGGCAAGGACUACCUGUCGCCUGCCCACACCUCCAGCUACCGGCAGACGGGCAGGAGUGCGUCCCGUUCUCCCGUGCGCCUGGUGGAGGAAACACCGGACACCAGGGUGGGCUCCUCGCGCUACUCCACGGAGAAUCUGCUCAAGACCACCAAAACCUUCACGGUGACCGAAGGGAAGCACGCGCGCUUCAGCUGCUACGUGACGGGCAAGCCGAAGCCAGAGAUCGUGUGGAAGAAGGACAGUGAGAUCAUCGUCCCGGGACGCCGUCACCUGACCUACGAGGACGACGACGGGUACUUUAUCCUCAAAGUGCUUUUCUCCAAGCAGUGCGACAACGGCCUGUACACCUGCACGGCCACCAACGUCGUGGGCAAGACCUACAGCCCCGUACAGCUCAUCGUGCACGAGCCACGGGUGCCCUUCAGGACCAAGCUGCGCGAUGUGGAGGUGCGAGAGAAGGGGUCGGUGACGCUGGAGUGCGAGGUGCCACACCGCGGCGUGAAGGCCAGCUGGUACCUGGAGGAGACAGAGCUGGAGCCUCAUCCGGACAAGUACGUGAUGGAGGAGGACGGGACGAUGCGCCGCCUGACGAUCCGCAACGUGACGGCGGACGACGAGGCGGUGUACGUGUGCGAGAUGUCCGAGGGCAGCCGCACCGUUGCUGAGGUCACCGUCAAGGGGGUGAUUGUGAAAAAGCUGCCACGUCGGCUGGAGGUACGAGAGAAGGAGACCGCUUGCUUCACCGUGGAAUUGAACAAGGAGGGCCUGGAGGGUCGCUGGCUCCAGAACAACGUAGAGAUCCGCCCUGGCCCCCGGGCGAAGGUGGAGGUCUCCGGGAACAGUCACACGCUGAGGCUCACGGAGCUCACGCAGCAGCAAUCGAGCACCAUCACCUUCCUUACGGGGAGCUCCAGGACAACCUCGCAACUCGUUGUCACUGCGAUCCGAUGCGCCCCGCCGGCUCCGCCGACGGAUGCCAUUGCAAGGGCGCAGUCGGAGAGCUGGCUGCUGCUGAGCUGGUGCGCACCUCCCGAGCGGAGCCGCGCCCCCGUGGAGGGAUACGUGGUGGAGGCGAAUCGCCUCGGCAGCAGCGUGUGGACACGCUGCCACGCAUCGGCCAGCGUGCCCGGGCCCGAGUUGCUCGUGGAGAACUUCUCCAAGGAGGGCGACUACCAACUGCGGCUGUCCUCCGUCAACGCGGCAGGGCGCAGCCUCUGCGUCGACGUCCCUGGAGCGUUCUACAUAGUCCCAGCAGCGAAGCCGAUGGCAAAGCCGGGUGCCCAGAUGGAGGUGCGCGUGGAGACCGGCGGGCAGGCCGUGAUGCGCUGCGAGCUGCUCGACGCGGGCGGCGCUGUCGAGUGGCUGAGGGAUGGAGAGCGGCUGGAGUCCGGGAAAGGUUUCCUGCUGGAGGAGGACGGCUCGGUGCAGCGGCUCGUCGUCCAGCAAGCGAGCGGCGCUCACGCCGGCACCUACGUGUGCCGCUCGCAAGGCGGAGACGCCGCGUUCCGGCUGCAGGUCACAGAACCCAUCGUUGCAUCGACAGCUGCCUCGAAAGACUCUGUGACGGUGUCGUUCAACACGGGGAUCGCUAGCAUGGUGGCAACCGAGGGCGAGGAGGUCACCUUCAGGUGCUCUGUGUCACCGAGUGACGUGGCGGUUAAGUGGUACCACGAGGGCAUGCAGCUCAAGCCCACGAGCCGCAUCUCCAUCUCGGCGGAGCCUCCCUGCCACUGCUUGACCUUUCACAACGUGAAGCUCUCCGACACCGGCGAAAUCAAGGCGGUGGCGGGGGGCAUUCGUUCUACCGCCAAGCUGCAGGUGCAAGAGGCUGUGAUUUAUUUCGUGCGGAAACUAGGCCCGGUCGAGGUGGAGGAGCGGCAGACGUUCGUGCUUGAGGUGGACGUGUCUAAGGCCUCUGCAGAAGUGAAGUGGACGCGCAAUGGCCUGGUGAUCCAGCCAAACAAGCGCUUCCUCUUUGAGGCCGACGGCUCCCGACGCUCCCUGACCAUACUCUCGGCAGAGAUGGGCGACCGAGGCCUUUACUCAUGCGAGACGCUGCAUGAGAAGACCCAAGCGAAAGUGACCAUACAACCGCGUGCAAUCCGUGUGGUGAAACCCCUGGAGCCCGUGACCGUGAUGGAGAAGGAGGCCGCCACCUUUAAGUUGGAGCUCUCCCACGUGGGUGUGGAGGGCCAGUGGUCGAGGGACGGCAUCCGCUUUCGGCAAAACAACCGAUGCCAGAUUUCCACCUUCGGGAAGUCGCACAGCCUGACCAUUCUGAGCGUGCGAGAGGACGACGCCGGCAUCAUCGCGUUCCAAGCUGAGGGGGUGCGCACGUCAGCGCAGCUCACAGUCGCAGAAUCGCCGGUGACCUUCACGAAGCAGCUGCAGGAGACGCACGUCCCUCACAAAGGCAGCACGGUGCUUGAAUGCGAAGUGUCACGUGCCAACGCGGAGGUCAAGUGGCUCAAGGAUGGCUCGGAGCUGAAAUCGGACCAGCGCAUCCGCGUGGUGGGGCAUGGCGUGCGGCGCUCUGUGCGCCUUACCGGGUGUGAGCCCCAGGACAGCGGCCUCUAUGUGUGCCAGGCCGAGAAGAACAGCACAGCCGCCAAGCUGCACGUCCACGCGCGCGAGAUUCGCAUUCUGCGAGGCCUGGAGGACCAGCUGGUGAACGAGAACGACAAUGCGGUGUUCAUGUGCGAGACGUCGCACGACGACGUGGACGUGCAGUGGCUUCUCAACGACAAGAAGCUCCGCUCCAGCUACAGCGUCCGUAUUCGUCAGGAAGGGAGAAGGCAUAUUUUGACAAUGAGCAACGUGGAGCUGGAGGACGCGGGAAUGAUCACAUUUAUAGCAGAAAACGUCACCUGCAGGGCCAAGCUCCUCAUGAUAGAGCAACCCGUGCGGUUCGUGAAGCCGCUCCGGGACAAGGUGGCGAUGGAAAGGCACAAGAUGCUGCUGGAGUGCCAGGUGUCGCGGCCCAGCGCCUCCGUGCGCUGGUUUCACGACGACGUCGAGCUGGCUGACUCGGAGGCCACGGGCGACGAGGAGCCGCGCGUGCAGCUCCUGAGUCAGGGCUGCUACCGCCAGCUGCUCAUCGUCAGCGUCGUCAGGAGCGACGAGGGCGUGUACACCUGUGACGCCGGCGCCGACCGCACCUCCGCAAACCUCUUAGUCGAAGCGCAAGAGAUACAGGUGGUGCGGCCGCUGUCCGACGCCGAGGUCACGGAGCCGGAGGGCGCCACGUUCGAGUGCGAGCUCUCCGCCGAUGAGGUGAAGGGCGCCCGCUGGAGCCUCAACGGCGAUGAGGCAAACCUGGCCUCUCACGGGGCCCAGACGGAGCAGGAUGGCGCGGUACACCGUCUCGCGCUGCCGUCCACGCGCCACGACAUGGCCGGCACCGUCUGCUUCACCGUUGGAAAGGCUAAGACCAGCGCCCAGCUGAUUGUGCACGAAACGCCAGUAGGAGUGGUGCGAGAGCUGGAGGACAAGACCGUGACGGCAAAUCGCUCCGUGACCUUGCACUGCGAGUUUGGUCGACCGGUGGGGCAGCCCUUCUGGUACUUUGGCAGCAAGCAGAUCGAGGCGUCGGACAGGCACGAUAUGAGGCACGAGGGACCGACGGCCUUGCUGACGAUCCACAAGGUGCGCCGGAGGGACGCGGGGACCUACACGUGCCGUGUCGGCGAGACACGCAGCACCGCCACCAUCAGCGUGAACGAGCGUCAGCUCGGGGUGUUGGGCAAGAUGCGUGACGUGGCCGUGGAGGAGGAAGGCACGGCCGUGUUCGUGUGCGAGCUGUCUCGCGCCGACGUGGAGGACGUCGCUUGGUUCCUCAACGCCUCGCGCCUCGUGUCCAGCGAGCUCAACGAGAUCAAGCGCGAUGGCAGCAGCCACACGCUCGUCCUGCGAAACGUCACGGUGGACGACACCGGGACCAUCGUCUUCACGGCGGAAGACGUUAAGGAGACCGCUCAAUUGCACGUGCGAGAGAAGCCGGUGGUGUUCACGAAACGACUGGAGGCGGUGAGCGGGGAGGAGGGCGGCCAAGCGGCGCUGGAGUGCGAGGUGUCCCGGCCCGUGCCACCAAGCGCCGUCGCGUGGAGGAAGGGCCCCCACGCGCUGCACCCCAGCGACAAGCACGAGCUGCUUCAGGCUGGCCGCAGCCUGGGCCUGUUCGUGCGUGGCCUUCAGCCAUCCGACAGCGGACAGUACUCCUGCGUUGUGGGCAAUGACACCACCUCCGCUUCUCUGCACGUGCAAGAGCUGAAAGUGACCAUCAUCAAAGCGCUCGAGAAUGUGGAAGCCAAAGAGGGGGAGAGCGCUGAAUUUUAUUGCGAGAUUUCACACGAGGGCAUCUCUGGUUGCCGAUGGCUGUUGAACAAUAAGGAGCUGAAGGCAGGAAACAGGAUAGAGAUGAGCUCCGUGGGCCAGAAGCACGCCCUUGCCAUGAAGCAGCUGACGGCGAAGGACAGUGGAGAUGUCACCUUCAAGGCCAGAGCUGCCUCUAGCAAGGCCAAACUCAGUGUCAUAGAAGCUGGAGUUGUUUUCACCAAACCACUGUCUGACGCCAAAGUCCAGGCAGAGGGUGAAGUGACCCUCUCGUGUGAGACCUCCAAGGCCGGGUCACCAGUGCAGUGGUACCACGAGGAUCGGCUGCUGGAUGCUAGCGACAAGCGAUUCCGUGUGAAGCGAGAUGGAAAGGCAGCCACGCUGAAGAUCAGUCGCGUGGAGCUAACGGACAGCGGGAAGUACGUCUGUGACUCGGGCUUUGAGAAAACCAGUGCCACCUUGACUGUCACGGAGCUCCCUGUUAAAUUUUCCAAGGAAUUGGGAAAGCUGUCCAUUGAGGAAGGACACGAGGCUGAGCUGACGUGUGAAACAUCUCGUGGAGACACUCCUGUCGUGUGGCUCAAGGGCAAGAAGACCCUGAAAGCUGGAGCCAAGUAUCGCAUGGUGCGCGACGGCAGGAAGGCCAGCCUCGUCAUCAGCUCAGUGGAGCUGGGAGACAGUGACCAGUACACGUGCGACUCUGGAAACUUCCAGACGUCAGCAAAGCUCACUGUCACAGAAGCUGGAGUUGUAUUCAUCAAACCUCUGUCCAAUACCCAAGUCCAGGCAGAGGGUGAAGUGACCCUCUCGUGUGAGACCUCCAAGGCCGGGUCCCCAGUGCAGUGGUACCACGAGGAUCAGCUGCUGGAUGGUCGUGACAAGCGGUUCCAUGUGAAGCGAGAUGGAAAGGCAGCCACACUUAAGAUCAGUCGCGUGGAGCUAACGGACAGCGGGAAGUACAUCUGUGACUCGGGCUUUGAGAAAACCAGUGCCACCUUGACUGUUAAAGAGCUUCCUGUUGAAUUCUCAAAAGAGCUGGGAGAAUUGUCAGUUGAGGAAGGACACGAGGCUGAGCUGACGUGUGAAACAUCUCGGGGAGACACUCCUGUCGUUUGGCUCAAGGGCAAGAAGACCCUGAAAGCUGGAGCCAAGUAUCGCAUGGUGCGCGAGGGCAGGAAGGCCAGCCUCGUCAUCAGCUCAGUGGAGCUGGGAGACAGUGACCAGUACACGUGCGACUCUGGAAACUUCCAGACAUCAGCAAAGCUCACUGUGACAGAAGCUGGAGUUGUUUUCACCAAACCUCUGUCCGAUACCAAAGUCCAGGCAGAGGGUGAAGUGACCCUCUCGUGUGAGACCUCCAAGGCCGGGUCACCAGUGCAGUGGUACCACGAGGAUCAGCUGCUGGAUGGUAGCGACAAGCGGUUCUGUGUGAAGCGAGAUGGAAAGGCAGCCACGCUGAAGAUCAGUGGCGUGGAGCUAACGGACAGCGGGAAGUACGUCUGUGACUCGGGCUUUGAGAAAACCAGUGCCACCUUGACUGUCACAGAGCUUCCUGUUGAAUUCUCCAAGGAGUUGGGAUCUUUAUCGGUUGAGGAAGCCCACGAGGCUGAGCUGACGUGUGAAACAUCUCGUGGAGACACUCCUGUCGUGUGGCUCAAGGGUGACAAGACCCUGAAAGCUGGAGCCAAGUAUCGCAUGGUGCGCAAGGGCAGGAAGGCCAGCCUCGUCAUCAGCUCAGUGGAGCUGGGAGACAGUGACCAGUACACGUGCGACUCUGGAAACUUCCAGACGUCAGCAAAGCUCACUGUCACAGAAGCUGGAGUUGUAUUCACCAAACCUCUGUCCAAUACCCAAGUCCAGGCAGAGGGUGAAGUGACCCUCUCGUGUGAGACCUCCAAGGCCGGGUCCCCAGUGCAGUGGUACCAUGAGGAUCAGCUGCUGGAUGGUCGUGACAAGCGGGUCCAUGUGAAGCGAGAUGGAAAGGCAGCCACACUUAAGAUCAGUCGCGUGGAGCUAACAGACAGCGGGAAGUACGUCUGUGACUCGGGCUUUGAGAAAACCAGUGCCACCUUGACUGUUACAGAGCUUCCUAUUGAAUUCUCCAAGGAGUUGGGAUCUUUAUCGGUUGAGGAAGGACACGAGGCUGAGCUGACGUGUGAAACAUCUCGUGGAGACACUCCUGUCGUGUGGCUCAAGGGUGACAAGACCCUGAAAGCUGGAGCCAAGUAUCGCAUGGUGCGCGAGGGCAGGAAGGCCAGCCUCGUCAUCAGCUCAGUGGACCUGGGAGACAGUGACCAGUACACGUGCGACUCUGGAAACUUCCAGACAUCAGCAAAGCUCACUGUGACAGAAGCUGGAGUUGUUUUCACCAAACAUCUGUCCGAUACCAAAGUCCAGGCAGAGGGUGAAGUGACCCUCUCGUGUGAGACCUCCAAGGCCGGGUCACCAGUGCAGUGGUACCACGAUGGUCAGCUGCUGGAUGGUAGCAACAAGCGGUUCCGUGUGAAGCGAGAUGGAAAGGCAGCGGUGCUCAAGAUCAGUCGCGUGGAGCUAACGGACAGCGGGAAGUACGUCUGUGACUCGGGCUUUGAGAAAACCAGUGCCACCUUGACAGUAACAGAGCUCCCUGUUGAAUUCUCCAAAGAGCUGGGAGAGCUGUCGGUUGAGGAAGGACACGAGGCUGAGCUGACAUGUGAAACAUCUCGUGGCGACACUCCUGUGGUGUGGCUCAAGGGCAAGAAGACCCUGAAAGCUGGAGCCAAGUAUCGCAUGGUGCGCGAGGGCAGGAAGGCCAGCCUCGUCAUCAGCUCAGUGGACCUUGGAGACAGUGACCAGUACACGUGCGACUCUGGAAACUUCCAGACAUCAGCAAAGCUCACUGUUACAGAAGCUGGAGUUGUAUUCACCAAAUCUCUGUCCAAUACGAAAGUCGAGGCAGAGGGUGAAGUGACCCUCUCGUGUGAGACCUCCAAGGCUGGGUCCCCAGUGCAGUGGUACCACGAGGAUCAGCUGCUGGAUGGUAGCGACAAGCGGUGCCGUGUGAAGCGAGAUGGAAAGGCAGCCACACUUAAGAUUAGUCGCGUGGAGCUAACGGACAGCGGGAAGUACGUCUGUGACUCGGGCUUUGAGAAAACCAGUGCCACCUUGACUGUUGCAGAGCUUCCUGUUGAAUUCUCCGAGGAGUUGGGAUCUUUAUCGGUUGAGGAAGCCCACGAGGCUGAGCUGACAUGUGAAACAUCUCGUGGAGACACUCCUGUCGUGUGGCUCAAGGGUGAUAAGAUCCUGAAAGCUGGAGCCAAGUAUCACAUGGUGCGCAAGGGCAGGAAGGCCAGCCUCGUCAUCAGCUCAGUGGAGCUGGGAGACAGUGACCAGUACACGUGCGACUCUGGAAACUUCCAGACAUCAGCAAAGCUCACUGUGACAGAAGCUGGAGUUGUAUUCAGCAAACCUCUGUCCGAUACCCAAGUCCAGGCAGAGGGUGAAGUGACCCUCUCGUGUGAGGCCUCCAAGGCCGGGUCACCAGUGCAGUGGUACCACGAUGGUCAGCUGCUGGAUGGUAGCGACAAGCGGGUCCAUGUGAAGCGAGAUGGAAAGGCAGCCACGCUUAAGAUCAGUCGCGUGGAGCUAACGGACAGCGGGAAGUACGUCUGUGACUCGGGCUUUGAGAAAACCAGUGCCACCUUAACUGUUACAGAGCUUCCUGUUGAAUUCUCCAAGGAGUUGGGAUCUUUAUCGGUUGAGGAAGCCCACGAGGCUGAGCUGACGUGUGAAACAUCUCGUGGAGACACUCCUGUCGUGUGGCUCAAGGGCAAGAAGACCCUGAAAGCUGGAGCCAAGUAUCGCAUGGUGCGCGAGGGCAGGAAGGCCAGCCUCGUCAUCAGCUCAGUGGAGCUGGGAGACAGUGACCAGUACACGUGCGACUCUGGAAACUUCCAGACAUCAGCAAAGCUCACUGUGACAGAAGCUGGAGUUGUAUUCACCAAACCUCUGUCCGAUACCCAAGUCCAGGCAGAGGGUGAAGUGACCCUCUCGUGUGAGACCUCCAAGGCCGGGUCACCAGUGCAGUGGUACCACGAUGGUCAGCUGCUGGAUGGUCUUAACAAGCGGGUCCAUGUGAAGCGACAUGGAAAGGCAGCCACGCUUAAGAUCAGUCACGUGGAGCUAACGGACAGCGGGAAGUACGUCUGUGACUCGGGCUUUGAGACAACCAGUGCCACCUUGACUGUUACAGAGCUUCCUGUUGAAUUCUCCAAGGAGUUGGGAUCUUUAUCGGUUGAGGAAGGACACGAGGCUGAACUGACGUGUGAAACAUCUCGUGGAGACACUCCUGUCGUGUGGCUCAAGGGUGACACGAUCCUGAAAUCUGGAGCCAAGUAUCGCGUGGUGCGCGAGGGCAGGAAGGCCAGCCUCGUCAUCAGCUCAGUGGAGCUGGGAGACAGUGACCAGUACACGUGCGACUCUGGAAACUUCCAGACAUCAGCAAAGCUCACUGUGACAGAAGCUGGAGUUGUAUUCACCAAACCUCUGUCCGAUACCCAAGUCCAGGCAGAGGGUGAAGUGACCCUCUCGUGUGAGACCUCCAAGGCCGGGUCACCAGUGCAGUGGUACCACGAUGGUCAGCUGCUGGAUGGUAGCGACAAGCGGGUCCAUGUGAAGCGAGAUGGAAAGGCAGCGGUGCUCAAGAUCAGUUGCGUGGAGUUAAUAGACAGCGGGAAGUACGUCUGUGACUCGGGCUUUGAGAAAACCAGUGCCACCUUGACUGUUACAGAGCUUCCUGUUGAAUUCUCCAAGGAGUUGGGAUCUUUAUCGGUUGAGGAAGCCCACGAGGCUGAGCUGACGUGUGAAACAUCUCGUGGAGACACUCCUGUCGUGUGGCUCAAGGGUGACAAGACCCUGAAAGCUGGAGCCAAGUAUCGCAUGGUGCGCGAGGGCAGGAAGGCCAGCCUCGUCAUCAGCUCAGUGGAGCUGGGAGACAGUGACCAGUACACGUGCGACUCUGGAAACUUCCAGACGUCAGCAAAGCUCACUGUCACAGAAGCUGGAGUUGUAUUCACCAAAUCUCUGUCCGAUACCCAAGUCCAGGCAGAGGGUGAAGUGACCCUCUCGUGUGAGACCUCCAAGGCCGGGUCACCAGUGCAGUGGUACCACGAGGAUCAGCUGCUGGAUGGUCGUGACAAGCGGUUCCAUGUGAAGCGAGAUGGAAAGGCAGCCACGCUUAAGAUCAGUUGCGUGGAGCUAAUGGACAGCGGGAAGUACGUCUGUGACUCGGGCUUUGAGAAAACCAGUGCCACCUUGACUGUUUCAGAGCUCCCUAUUGAAUUCUCAAAAGAGCUGGGAGAAUUGUCAGUUGAGGAAGGACACGAGGCUGAGCUGACGUGUGAAACAUCUCGUGGAGACACUCCUGUCGUGUGGCUCAAGGGAAAGAAGACCCUGAAAGCUGGAGCCAAGUAUCGCAUGGUGCGCGAGGGCAGGAAGGCCAGCCUCGUCAUCAGCUCAGUGGAGCUGGGAGACAGUGACCAGUACACGUGCGACUCUGGAAACUUCCAGACAUCAGCAAAGCUCACUGUGACAGAAGCUGGAGUUGUAUUCACCAAACCUCUGUCCGAUACCCAAGUCCAGGCAGAGGGUGAAGUGACCCUCUCGUGUGAGACCUCCAAGGCCGGGUCCCCAGUGCAGUGGUACCACGAUGAUCAGCUGCUGGAUGGUAGCGACAAGCGGUUCCAUGUGAAGCGAGAUGGAAUGGCAGCGGUGCUCAAGAUCAGUUGCGUGGAGUUAAUAGACAGCGGAAAGUACGUCUGUGACUCGGGCUUUGAGAAAACCAGUGCCACCUUGAACGUCACAGAGCUCCCUAUUGAAUUCUCAAAAGAGCUGGGAGAAUUGUCAGUUGAGGAAGGACACGAGGCUGAGCUGACGUGUGAAACAUCUCGUGGAGACACUCCUGUCGUGUGGCUCAAGGGAAAGAAGACCCUGAAAGCUGGAGCCAAGUAUCGCAUGGUGCGCGAGGGCAGGAAGGCCAGCCUCGUCAUCAGCUCAGUGGAGCUGGGAGACAGUGACCAGUACACGUGCGACUCUGGAAACUUCCAGACAUCAGCAAAGCUCACUGUGACAGAAGCUGGAGUUGUAUUCACCAAACCUCUGUCCGAUACCCAAGUCCAGGCAGAGGGUGAAGUGACCCUCUCGUGUGAGACCUCCAAGGCCGGGUCCCCAGUGCAGUGGUACCACGAUGAUCAGCUGCUGGAUGGUAGCGACAAGCGGUUCCUUGUGAAGCGAGAUGGAAAGGCAGCGGUGCUCAAGAUCAGUUGCGUGGAGUUAAUAGACAGCGGAAAGUACGUCUGUGACUCGGGCUUUGAGAAAACCAGUGCCACCUUGAACGUCACAGAGCUCCCUAUUGAAUUCUCAAAAGAGCUGGGAGAAUUGUCAGUUGAGGAAGGACACGAGGCUGAGCUGACGUGUGAAACAUCUCGUGGAGACACUCCUGUCGUGUGGCUCAAGGGCAAGAAGACCCUGAAAGCUGGAGCCAAGUAUCGCAUGGUGCGCGAGGGCAGGAAGGCCAGCCUCGUCAUCAGCUCAGUGGAGCUGGGAGACAGUGACCAGUACACGUGCGACUCUGGAAACUUCCAGACAUCAGCAAAGCUCACUGUGACAGAAGCUGGAGUUGUAUUCACCAAACCUCUGUCCGAUACCCAAGUCCAGGCAGAGGGUGAAGUGACCCUCUCGUGUGAGACCUCCAAGGCCGGGUCCCCAGUGCAGUGGUACCACGAUGAUCAGCUGCUGGAUGGUAGCGACAAGCGGUUCCAUGUGAAGCGAGAUGGAAAGGCAGCGGUGCUCAAGAUCAGUUGCGUGGAGUUAAUAGACAGCGGAAAGUACGUCUGUGACUCGGGCUUUGAGAAAACCAGUGCCACCUUGAACGUCACAGAGCUCCCUAUUGAAUUCUCAAAAGAGCUGGGAGAAUUGUCAGUUGAGGAAGGACACGAGGCUGAGCUGACGUGUGAAACAUCUCGUGGAGACACUCCUGUCGUGUGGCUCAAGGGCAAGAAGACCCUGAAAGCUGGAGCCAAGUAUCGCAUGGUGCGCGAGGGCAGGAAGGCCAGCCUCGUCAUCAGCUCAGUGGAGCUGGGAGACAGUGACCAGUACACGUGCGACUCUGGAAAUUUCCAAACGUCUGCAAAACUCACUGUGACAGAGGCCCCCAUUCAUCUUGAGGAGCAACUCCAGGAUCAGGAGGGAGAGGAACUCGGGAACAUCACUUUCAGCUGCCGAGUCUCAAAAGCUGGCAUGAAGGUGGCAUGGAGGAAAGGAACUUUACCGCUACAACCUGGCUCCAAAUACUCCAUUGGCCAAACUGGACAUAUCCUUAAGCUCACAGUGUACAAUUUGCAGACAGGCGAUGCAGGAAAAUAUGAAUGUGAGAUUGGGGAUGUUCUGAAAACAUCGGCAGUGCUCACAGUUAGAGAGGCUCCAGGCCUAAUUCGUGAGGCUCUUCAUGACCAGGAGGUAGAAGAGUUUAGAACAGCGACUCUCCACUGCCGCUUCUCCAAACUAGCAGAGAGAGUCACCUGGAAAAAGGACUCCUCAGCCCUGCACCCGAGUAACAAGUACGAGAUGACGCAGGAGGGAGGUAUGGCUACUCUUCUCAUCCACAACGUUCAGCUGGAAGAUGCUGGAAGCUACACGUGUGAAACCGAGAAAGAUCAAACCUCGGCGCUGCUCAUUGUGCAAGAGGCUCCAGUGCUGAUCUCUGAAGCUCUUGAGAACCAAGAGGUUGAAGAGUUUGAAACGGCUACUCUCAGCUGCCGCUUCUCAAAACCUCCACUGAGAGUCACCUGGAAGAAAGGUUCCACAGUCCUGCACCCCAGUGCCGACCACGUGAUGAAGCAGGAGCACGACGUGGCCACACUCAUCAUCCACAAGGUGCAGCUGGACGACACCGGCGAGUACACCUGCGAAACAGGCAACGACAGGACUUCGGCAAUGCUGCUCGUACAAGAAGCCCCGGUGCUGAUCCGUGAGGCCCUCCGGGACCAGGAGGUUGAGGAGUUUGGGACGGCUACCCUCAGUUGCCGACUCUCCAAACCAGACGUGCCGGUUGCUUGGCAAAAAGGGUCCAAGCUGCUUCAUCCGAGCGCAAAGUACAACAUGGUCCAGAACGGGGACAUAGUUAGACUUGUCAUCUAUGAUAUUGAAUUGGAAGAUGCUGGAGAUUACGAAUGUGACACUGGAGAUGAUAGAACAGUAGCUACUAUUUUGGUCACAGAGGCCCCGGUGCUGAUCUCCGAGGCCCUUCGGGACCAGGAGGUUAAAGAGAGUGGAACUGCGACUCUCCGCUGUCGCUUCUCAAAGCCAGCAGCGAGAGUCACCUGGAGGAAGGACUCCUCAGUCCUGCACCCGAGUGACAAGUAUGAGAUGAAGCUGGAGGGAGACCUGGCCACUCUUGUUAUCCACAAUGUACAGCUGGAGGAUUCUGGGAGCUAUGAGUGCAAGACGGAGAAUGAUCAGACUUCUGCAAUGAUGACAGUACAAGAGAAGCCAUUGGUGUUCACCAAGGGCCUGCAGGAUCUGACAGAAGAGGAACUUGGAGACGCUGUGUUUGUGUGCGAGGUGUCCAAAGAAGGGGCCCCAGUAACGUGGCUGAAAAAUGGUGGGGUGCUUUACCCUGGAGCAAAGUGUGAGAUGAGUCAGGAUGGAAGAGCGGCCAGACUGGUCCUGCAUCACUUGGGCCUGCACGACGCUGGGCACUACUCCUGUGACACUGGUCAUGAUGUCACCACCGCCACGCUCAAUGUCACAGAGCGAGACAUCCACAUUGUGAGAGGCCUGGAGGACUGUGAGGUGUUUGAGAACAACUCGGCCACGUUCUCCUGUGAGAUCUCCCACGCUGAUGUGCUGGAGGUGGAGUGGUUGCUGGAUCAGAGCCAGCUGUAUCAUAACGAGUUUAAUGAAAUCAGUGUGGACGGAGGGAAAACACACGUCCUUACCCUCAACAACCUCACCCUGCAGGACGGCGGCUGUGUCACCUUCAAGGCAGGGAAACAGACGUCCUCAGCAACUUUGUCCAUUAAGGCGGUACCAGUGAAGUUUGUGAAGCGACUAGAGGAUGUAGAUUGUGUGGAGGAUGGAGAAGCAGAAUUUGUGUGUGAGGUGUCCCAGCCCAGCGCACCGGUCACAUGGCACAGGGGCGAUAAACAGCUGAGCCCUUCUCAGAAGUACGUGAUGCACAGAGACGGAGCGGUCGCGAGUCUCGUUGUCACAAAGCUGCAGCCAGAAGACGCAGGGCCGUACACUUGUGAUGCAGGAGAUGACGCCACCUCUGCCAAACUCCACGUUCAAGAGGCACCGGUGCUGAUCUCUGAGGCCCUUCAGGACAAGGAGGUUGAAGAGAGUGGAACUGCGACUCUCCGCUGCCGUUUCUCAAAGCCAGCAGCGAGGGUCACCUGGAGGAAGGACUCCUCAGUCCUGCACCCGAGUGACAAGUAUGAGAUGAAGCUGGAGGGUAACCUGGCCACUCUUGUUAUCCACAACGUGCAGCUACAGGAUGCUGGGAGCUACGAGUGUGAGACGGCGAAUGAUAGGACAUGUGCAUCACUGAUUGUGAAAGCUCCAAAUGAAGUUGCCAUGCCAACCCAGGAGGAGCAGCCGCCACAGGAGGCUGUGUUGUCUACCAUCAUGGAGAAGCCAGUGGUGUUCACCAAGGGUCUGCAGGAUCUGACAGAAGAGGAACUUGGAGACGCUGUGUUUGUGUGCGAGGUGUCCAAAGAAGGGGCCCCAGUAACGUGGCUGAAAAAUGGUGGGGUGCUUUACCCUGGAGCCAAGUGUGAGAUGAGUCAGGAUGGAAGAGUGGCCAGACUGGUCCUGCAUCACUUGGGCCUGCACGACGCUGGGCACUACUCCUGUGACACUGGCCAUGAAGUCACCACAGCCACGCUCAAUGUCACAGAGCGAGACAUUUGCAUUGUCAGAGGCCUGGAGAACCGUGAGGUGUUUGAGAACAACUCGGCCACGUUCUCCUGUGAGAUCUCCCACGCUGAUGUGCUGGAGGUGGAGUGGUGGCUGGAUCAGAGCCGGCUGUAUCAUAACGAGUUCAAUGAAAUCAGUGUGGACGGAGGGAAAACACACGUCCUUACCCUCAACAACCUCACCCUGCAGGACGGUGGCUGUGUCACCUUCAAGGCAGGGAAACAGACGUCCUCAGCAACUUUGUCCAUUAAGGCGGUACCAGUGAAGUUUGUGAAGCGACUAGAGGAUGUAGAUUGUGUGGAGGAUGGAGAAGCAGAAUUUGUGUGUGAGGUGUCCCAGCCCAGCGCACCGGUCACAUGGCACAGGGGCGAUAAACAGCUGAGCCCUUCUCAGAAGUACGUGAUACACAGAGACGGAGCGGUCGCGAGUCUCAUUGUCACAAAGCUGCAGCCAGAAGACGCAGGGCCGUACACUUGUGAUGCAGGGGAUGAAGCCACGUCUGCUAAUCUCUGUGUUCAAGAGGCCCCGGUGCUGAUCUCCGAGGCCAUUCGGGACCAGGAUGUUGAAGAGAGUGGAACUGCGACUCUCCGCUGCCGCUUCUCAAAGCCAGCAGCGAGGGUCACCUGGAGGAAGGACUCCUCAGUCCUGCACCCGAGUGACAAGUAUGAGAUGAAGCUGGAGGGUAACCUGGCCACUCUUGUUAUCCUUAACGUUCAACCAGAGGAUGCUGGGAGCUACAACUGCGAGACAGAGAACGAUCAUACUUGUGGAAUGCUUAGAGUUAAAGAGACCCCGGUGCUGAUCUCUGAGGUCCUUCAGGACCAGGAGGUUGAAGAGAGUGGAACUGCGACUCUCCGCUGUCGCUUCUCAAAGCCAGCAGCGAGGGUCACCUGGAGGAAGGACUCCUCAGUCCUGCACCCGAGUGACAAGUAUGAGAUGAAGCUGGAGGGAAACAUGGCCAUCCUUCUCAUCCACAACGUGCUGCUGGAGGAUGCUGGGAGCUACGAGUGCGAGACAGAAAAUGAUAGGACUUUUGCAAUGUUGAAAAUAACAGAGAAGCCAGUCGUCUUCACCAAGGGCCUGCAGGAUCUGACAGAAGAGGAACUUGGAGACGCUGUGUUUGUGUGCGAGGUGUCCAAAGAAGGGGCCCCAGUAACGUGGCUGAAAAAUGGUGGGGUGCUUUACCCUGGAGCAAAGUGUGAGAUGAGUCAGGAUGGAAGAGCGGCCAGACUGGUCCUGCAUCACUUGGGCCUGCACGAUGCUGGGCAGUACUCCUGUGACACUGGUCAUGAUGUCACCACUGCCACGCUCAACGUCACAGAACGAGACAUCCAAAUUGUGAGAGGCCUGGAGGACUGUGAGGUGUUUGAGAACAACUCGGCCACGUUCUCCUGCGAGAUCUCCCACGCUGAUGUGCUGGAGGUGGAGUGGUUGCUGGAUCAGAGCCGGCUGUAUCAUAACGAGUUCAAUGAAAUCAGUGUGGACAGAGGGAAAACACACGUCCUUACCCUCAACAACCUCACCCUGCAGGACGGCGGCUGUGUCACCUUCAAGGCAGGGAAACAGACGUCCUCAGCAACUUUGUCCAUUAAGGCGGUACCAGUGAAGUUUGUGAAGCGACUAGAGGAUGUAGAUUGUGUGGAGGAUGGAGAAGCAGAAUUUGUGUGUGAGGUGUCCCAGCCCAGCGCACUGGUCACAUGGCACAGGGGUGAUAAACAGCUGAGCCCUUCUCAGAAGUACGUGAUGCACAGAGACGGAGCGGUCGCGAGUCUCAUUGUCACAAAGCUGCAGACAGAAGACGCAGGGCCGUACACUUGUGAUGCAGGGGAUGAAGCCACGUCUGCUAAUCUCUGUGUUCAAGAGGCCCCGGUGCUAAUCUCCGAGGCCCUUUGGGACCAGGAGGUUGAAGAGAGUGGAACUGCGACUCUCCGAUGUCGCUUCUCAAAGCCAGCAGCGAGGGUCACCUGGAGGAAGGACUCCUCAGUCCUGCACCCGAGUGACAAGUAUGAGAUGAAGCUGGAGGGUAACCUGGCCACUCUUGUUAUCCACAAUGUACAGCUGGAGGAUGCUGGGAGCUAUGAGUGCAAGACGGAGAAUGAUCAGACUUCUGCAGUGCUAAGAGUGAAAGAAACCCCAGUGAUGAUCACUGAGGCCCUUCAUGAUCAGGAGGUUGAAGAAAAUGGAACUGCGACUAUCCGCUGCCGCUUCUCAAAGCCGGUAGCGAGAGUCACCUGGAGAAAGGACUCCUCAGUCCUGCACCCGAGUGACAAGUAUGAGAUGAAACUGGAGGGUAACCUGGCCAUGCUGGUUAUCCACAACGUUCAACCAGAGGAUGCUGGGAGUUUCGAUUGUGAGACGGAGAAUGAUCAAACUUCUGGAAUAUUGGCAAUAAAAGAGAAGCCAGUGAUGUUCACCAAGGGCCUGCAGGAUCUGACAGAAGAGGAACUUGGAGAUGCUGUGUUUGUGUGCGAGGUGUCCAAAGAAGGGGCCCCAGUAACGUGGCUGAAAAGUGGUGGGGUGCUUUACCCUGGAGCAAAGUGUGAGAUGAGUCAGGAUGGAAGAGCGGCCAGACUGGUCCUGCAUCACUUGGGCCUGCACGACGCUGGGCACUACUCCUGUGACACUGGCCAUGAUAUAACCACCGCCACGCUCAAUGUCACAGAGCGAGACAUUUGCAUUGUCAGAGGCCUGGAGAACCGUGAGGUGUUUGAGAACAACUCGGCCACGUUCUCCUGUGAGAUCUCCCACGCUGAUGUGCUGGAGGUGGAGUGGUUGCUGGAUCAGAGCCGGCUGUAUCAUAACGAGUUCAAUGAAAUCAGUGUGGACGGAGGGAAAACACACGUCCUUACCCUCAACAACCUCACCCUGCAGGACGGCGGCUGUGUCACCUUCAAGGCAGGGAAACAGACGUCCUCAGCAACUUUGUCCAUUAAGGCGGUACCAGUGAAGUUUGUGAAGCGACUAGAGGAUGUAGAUUGUGUGGAGGAUGGAGAAGCAGAAUUUGUGUGUGAGGUGUCCCAGCCCAGCGCGCCGGUCACAUGGCACAGGGGCGAUAAACAGCUGAGCCCUUCUCAGAAGUACGUGAUGCACAGAGACGGAGCGGUCGCGAGUCUCGUUGUCACAAAGCUGCAGCCAGAAGACGCAGGGGCGUACACUUGUGAUGCCGGAGAUGACGCCACCUCUGCCAAACUCCGUGUUCAAGAGGCCCCGGUGUUGAUCUCCAAGGCCCUUCAGGACCAGGAGGUUGAAGAGUGUGGGACUGCAACUCUCCGUUGCCACUUCUCAAAGCCAGCAGCGAGAGUCACCUGGAGGAAGGACUCCUCAGUCCUGCACCCGAGUGCCAAGUAUGAGAUCAAACUGGAGGGUAACCUGGCCACUCUUGUAAUCCAUAAUGUGCAGCUGGAGGAUGCUGGGAGCUAUGAGUGUGAGACGGAGAAUGAUCGGACGUCCUCAACCCUUCGAGUUCAAGAAACCCCAGUGCUGAUUCUGGAGGCCCUUCAGAACCAGGAAGCUGAAGAGAGUGGAAUAGCGACUCUCCGAUGCCGUUUCUCAAAGCCAGCAGCGAGCGUCACCUGGAGGAAGGACUCCUCAGUCCUGCACCCGAGUGACAAGUAUGAGAUGAAACUUCAGGGAAACGUAGCCACUCUUGUUAUCCAUAACGUUCAAUCAGAGGAUGCUGGGAGCUACGAAUGUGAGACGGAGAAUGAUCGGACUUCUGCAAUGCUGGCAAUAAAAGAGAAGCCAUUGGUGUUCACCAAGGGCCUGCAGGAUCUGACAGAAGAGGAACUUGGAGACGCUGUGUUUGUGUGCGAGGUGUCCAAAGAAGGGGCCCCAGUAACGUGGCUGAAAAAUGGUGGGGUGCUUUACCCUGGGGCAAAGUGUGAGAUGAGUCAGGAUGGAAGAGCUGCCAGACUGGUCCUGCAUCACUUGGACCUGCACGAUGCUGGGCAGUACUCCUGUGACACUGGUGAUGAUGUCACCACCGCCAAGCUCAAUGUCACAGAGCGAGACAUCCACAUUGUGAGAGGCCUGGAGGACUGUGAGGUGUUUGAGAACAACUCGACCACGUUCUCCUGCGAGAUUUCCCACGCUGAUGUGCUGGAGGUGGAGUGGUGGCUGGAUCAGAGCCGGCUGUAUCAUAACGAGUUUAAUGAAAUCAGUGUGGACGGAGGGAAAACACACGUCCUUACCCUCAACAACCUCACCCUGCAGGACGGCGGCUGUGUUACCUUCAAGGCAGGCAAACAGACGUCCUCAGCUACUUUGUCCAUUAAGGGAUUGCCUGUAAGGUUUGUGAAGACUUUGGAGGAUGUACAUUGCAUGGAGAAUGGAGAAGCACAAUUUGUCUGCGAAGUUUCCCAGCCCAGUGCCUCAGUCACAUGGCGUAAAGGUGAUCAACACCUGAGUCCUUCUCAGAAGUACGUGAUGCACAGAGACGGAGCGACUGUAAUACUCGUUAUCACAAAGUUGCGGCCAGAGGACGCGGGGGUGUACAUUUGUGAUGCAGGAAAUGAGGCCACCUCUGCCAAACUCCACAUUCAAGAGGCCCCGGUGCUGAUCUCUGAGGCCCUUCAGGACCAGGAGGUUGAAGAGAGUGGAACUGCGACUCUCCGCUGCCGCUUCUCAAAGCCAGCAGCGAGGGUCACCUGGAGGAAGGAAUCCUCAGUCCUGCACCCGAGUGACAAGUAUGAGAUGAAGCUGGAGGGAAAUGUUGCCACACUCAUUAUCCACAACGUUCAACCGGAUGAUGCUGGGAGCUACGAGUGUGAGACGGACGAUGGCCGCACCUUUGCUGUGCUUACUCUUACAGAGAAGCCAGUGGUGUUCACCAAGGGCCUGCAGGAUCUGACAGAAGAGGAACUUGGAGACGCUGUGUUUGUGUGCGAGGUGUCCAAAGAAGGGGCCCCAGUAACGUGGCUGAAAAAUGGUGGGGUGCUUUACCCUGGAGCAAAGUGUGAGAUGAGUCAGGAUGGAAGAGCGGCCAGACUGGUCCUGCAUCACUUGGGCCUGCACGACGCUGGGCAGUACUCCUGUGAUACUGGUCAUGAUGUCACCACCGCCAUGCUCAAUGUCACAGAACCCAUCAUCUCCAUUACAAGGGGCCUGGAGGACUGUGAGGUGUUUGAGCAGGGCUCGGCCAUAUUCACUUGUGAGAUCUCCCACGCUAAUGUGAAGGAAGCCAAGUGGUCGUUGGCGGACACACCGCUACAGAACAACGAGCUCAAUGAAAUCAGUGUCAUCAAUGGCAAGACCCACGUGCUGACGAUUAACCACCUCACGGUGGAGGAGAGUGGCACUGUCAGCUUCAGUGCGAGGAAUGCUACAUCCUCUGCUCAACUAACCGUCAAACGGCGUCCAGUCCACAUCACUCAGCCACUGCAGGACACUGAGGCUUAUGCAUCUGGAGAGGUGACCUUCCUGUGUGAGCUCUCUGGACCAUCUGAGGUCACGUGGAGGAAGGCUGGGCGAGUGAUGAAGGCCAGCGAUCGGGUCCACAUGUGGCAGGAGGCCAACACGGCAAGACUCACAAUCGUUGGUGUGACCCUGGAGGACAGAGGGGAAUAUUCGUGUGACAUUGGGAGUGAAAGCUCCACCGCUGAGCUCAGCGUACACGAGCUCCCGGUCGUCAUGCUGGAGCCACUUCAGGGUGCGGAGCCUCAACAAGAGCCGUGUACUAUUAUACGGGGCCUAGGAGACUGCGUCGCUUACGAGGGCGGUUCGGCUACAUUCACAUGCGAGAUCUCCGUUGCCGACGUACGGGAAUCCGCGUGGUUUCUGGGUGACACGCCACUCCGGAAUAACGAUCUCAACGAGAUUAGCGUGGUGAACGGAAGGACGCAAGUGCUGGCCAUGAAGCAUCUCACGCUACAAGAUAGCGGCACGAUCAGGUUCAGUGCCCUGAAUGCAUCCUCAUCUGGCCAAUUGACGGUGAAAGAGCGCCCCGCCCACAUCACUCAGCCACUGCAAGACGUUGAGGUUCAUGAGUCUGGGGAGGCGACCUUCCUCUGUGAGCUCUCUGGACCAUCUGAGGUCACGUGGAGGAAAGCUGGGCGAGUGAUGGAGGCCAGCGAUCGGGUCCACAUGUGGCAGGAGGCCAACACAGCAAGACUCACAAUCCUUGGUGUGACCCUGGAGGACAAAGGAGAAUAUUCAUGUGAUGUUGAGAGUGAUAGCUCCACCGCCAAGCUCACUGUACAAGAAAUGCCAGUCCGGGUUUUGGAGCAUCUACAGAACACUGAAGCUUUGGAAGACAGCUCUGCAACUCUCUCCUGCCGCCUCUCCAAACCCAGAGUGGAUGUCGAGUGGAGGAAGGACUCCCAGCCCAUUAAGGCAGACAAUAAAUUUGAAGUGCACCAGAAGGACUUCACUGAAAGUUUGACCGUUCACAAACUGGAGCUGGAGGAUGCGGGAAGCUACAGCUGCCUGGCCGGGGAUCAACAGAGCACGGCCUUUCUCAUUGUGUGGGAGAAGCCAGUGGUGUUCACCAAGGGCCUGCAGGAUCUGACAGAAGAGGAACUUGGAGACGCUGUGUUUGUGUGCGAGGUGUCCAAAGAAGGGGCCCCAGUAACGUGGCUGAAAAAUGGUGGGGUGCUUUACCCUGGAGCAAAGUGUGAGAUGAGUCAGGAUGGAAGAGCGGCCAGACUGGUCCUGCAUCACUUGGGCCUGCACGACGCUGGGCACUACUCCUGUGACACUGGUCAUGAUGUCACCACAGCCAGGCUGAUUGUCACAGAACCCAUCAUCUCCAUCACGAGGGGCCUGGAGGACUGUGAGGUGUUUGAGCAGGGCUCGGCCAUAUUCACUUGUGAGAUCUCCCACGCUAAUGUGAAGGAAGCCAAGUGGUCGUUGGCGGACACACCGCUACAGAACAACGAGCUCAAUGAAAUCAGUGUCAUCAAUGGCAAGACCCACGUGCUGACGAUUAACCACCUCACGGUGGAGGAGAGUGGCACUGUCAGCUUUAGUACAAGGAAUGCCACUUCCUCUGCUCAGCUCACUGUCAAACAUCGUCCAGUCACCAUCACGCAGCCACUGCAAAACUCUGAGGCUUAUGAGUCUGGGGAGGUGACGUUCCUGUGUGAGCUGUCUGGACCUUCUGAGGUCACAUGGAGGAAGGCCGGGCGAGUGAUGAAGGCCAGCGAUCGGGUUAAUAUGUGGCAGGAGGCCAACACGGCAAGACUCACAAUCCUUGGUGUGACCCUGGAGGACAGAGGGGAAUAUUGCUGCGAUGUCGGCAGUGACAGCUCCACCGCCAAGCUCAAUAUACAAGAGCUGCCAGUCCAGAUCUUGGAGCAUUUACAGAAUGCCGAAGCUGUGGAAGACAGCUCUGCAACUCUGUACUGCCGCCUCUCUAAACCCAGAGUGGAUGUGGAGUGGAGGAAGGACUCCCAGCCCAUUCAGCCAGGUGAUAAAUUUGAAGUGCACCAGAAGGACUUCACUGCAAGUUUGACCAUUCACAAACUGGAGCUGGAGGAUGCAGGAAGCUACAGCUGCCUGGCCGGAGAUCAGCAGAGCACGGCUUCACUCAUCGUGUGGGAGAAACCAGUCGUCUUCACCAAGGGCCUGCAGGAUCUGACAGAAGAGGAACUCGGAGACGCUGUGUUUGUGUGCGAGGUGUCCAAAGAAGGGGCCCCAGUAACGUGGUUGAAAAAUGGUGGGGUGCUUUACCCUGGAGCAAAGUGUGAGAUGAGUCAGGAUGGAAGAGCGGCCAGACUGGUCCUGCAUCACUUGGGCCUGCACGACGCUGGGCACUACUCCUGUGAUACUGGUCAUGAUGUCACCACCGCCACGCUCAAUGUCACAGAACCCUUCAUCUCCAUCACGAGGGGCCUGGAGGACUGUGAGGUGUUUGAGCAGGGCUCGGCCAUAUUCACUUGUGAGAUCUCCCACGCUAAUGUGAAGGAAGCCAAGUGGUCGUUGGCGGACACACCGCUACAGAACAACGAGCUAAAUGAAAUCAGUGUCACAAAUGGCAAGACCCACGUGCUGACGAUUAACCACCUCACGGUGGAGGAGAGUGGCACUGUCAGCUUCAGUGCAAGGAAUGCCACUUCCUCUGCUCAUCUCACUGUCAAACAUCGUCCAGUCCACAUCACUCAGCCACUGCAGGACACUGAGGCUUAUGAGUCUGGGGAGGCGACCUUCCUGUGUGAGCUGUCUGGACCAUCUGGGGUCACGUGGAGGAAGGCUGGGCGGGUGAUGGAGGCCAGCGAUCGGGUCCAUAUGUGGCAGGAGGCCAACACGGCAAGACUCACAAUCCUUGGUGUGACCCUGGAGGACAGAGGGGAAUAUUGUUGUGAUGUCAGCAGUGACAGCUCCACCGCCAAGCUCACUGUACAAGAGCUGCCGGUCCAGAUCCUGGAGCAUCUUCAGAACGCUGAAGCUGUGGAAGACAGCUCUGCAACUCUGUCCUGUCGCUUCUCCAAACCCAGAGUGGAUGUGGAGUGGAGGAAGGACUCCCAGCCCAUUCAGCCAGAUGAUAAAUUUGAAGUGUACCAGAAGGACUUCACUGCAAGUUUGACCGUUCACAAACUGGAGCUGGAGGAUGCAGGAAGCUACAGCUGCCUGGCCGGGGAUCAGCAGAGCACGGCUUCACUCAUUGUGUGGGAGAAGCCAGUGGUGUUCACCAAGGGCCUGCAGGAUCUGACAGAAGAGGAACUUGGAGACGCUGUGUUUGUGUGCGAGGUGUCCAAAGAACGGGCCCCAGUAGCGUGGCUGAAAAAUGGUGGGGUGCUUUACCCUGGAGCAAAGUGUGAGAUGAGUCAGGAUGGAAGAGCGGCCAGACUGGUCCUGCAUCACUUGGGCCUGCACGACGCUGGGCACUACUCCUGUGACACUGGUCAUGAUGUCACCACUGCCACGCUCAAUGUCACAGAACCCAUCAUCUCCAUCACAAGGGGCCUGGAGGACUGUGAGGUGUUUGAGCAGGGCUCGGCCAUAUUCACUUGUGAGAUCUCCCACGCUAAUGUGAAGGAAGCCAAGUGGUCGUUGGCGGACACACCGCUACAGAACAACGAGCUCAAUGAAAUCAGUGUCAUCAAUGGCAAGACCCACGUGCUGACGAUUAACCACCUCACGGUGGAGGAGAGUGGCACUGUCAGCUUCAAUGCAAGGAAUGCCACUUCCUCUGCUCAACUAACUGUCAAACAUCGUCCAGUCCACAUCACGCAGCCACUGCAAAACUCUGAGGCUUAUGAGUCUGGGGAGGUGACGUUCCUGUGUGGGCUGUCUGGACCAUCUAAGGUCACAUGGAGGAUGGCUGGGCGAGUGAUGGAGGCCAGCGAUCGGGUCCAUAUGUGGCAAGAUGUCAACACAGCAAGACUCACAAUCCUUGGUGUGACCCUGGAGGACAGAGGGGAAUAUUCGUGUGACAUCGGAAGUGACAGCUCCACUGCCAAGCUCAAUGUACAAGAGCUGCCAAUCCAGAUUUUGGAGCAUCUCCAGAAUGCUGAAGCUGUGGAAGACAGCUCAGCAACUCUGUCCUGCCACUUCUCCAAACCCAGAGUGGAUGUGGAGUGGAGGAAGGACUCCCAGCCCAUUCAGCCAGAUGAUAAAUUUGAAGUGCACCAGAAGGACUUCACUGCAAGUUUGACCAUUCACAAAUUGGAGCUGGAGGAUGCGGGAAGCUACAGCUGCCUGGCCGGGGAUCAGCAGAGCACGGCUUCACUCAUUGUGUGGGAGAAGCCAGUGGUGUUCACCAAGGGCCUGCAGGAUCUGACAGAAGAGGAACUUGGAGACGCUGUGUUUGUGUGCGAGGUGUCCAAAGAAGGGGCCCCAGUAACGUGGCUGAAAAAUGGUGGGGUGCUUUACCCUGGAGCAAAGUGUGAGAUGAGUCAGGAUGGAAGAGCGGCCAGACUGGUCCUGCAUCACUUGGGCCUGCACGACGCUGGACAGUACUCCUGUGACACUGGUCAUGAUAUCACUACAGCCACGCUCAAUGUCACAGAACCCAUCAUUUCAAUCACGAGGGGCCUGGAGGACUGUGAGGUGUUUGAGCAGGGCUCGGCCAUAUUCACUUGUGAGAUCUCCCACGCUAAUGUGAAGGAAGCCAAGUGGUCGUUGGCGGACACACCGCUACAGAACAACGAGCUAAAUGAAAUCAGUGUCAUCAAUGGCAAGACCCACGUGCUGACGAUUAACCACCUCACGGUGGAGGAGAGUGGCACUGUCAGCUUCAGUGCAAGGAAUGCCACUUCCUCUGCUCAACUAACUGUCAAACACCGUCCAGUCCACAUCACGCAGCCACUGCAAGACUAUGAGGCUCACGAAUCUGGGGAGGCGACCUUCCUGUGUGAGCUGUCUGGACCAUCUGAGGUCACGUGGAGGAAGGCUGGGCAAGUGAUGGAGGCCAGCGAUCGGGUCCACAUGUGGCAGGAGGCCAACACGGCAAGACUCACAAUCCUUGGUGUGACCCUGGAGGACAAAGGGGAUUAUUGCUGCGAUGUCGGCAGUGACACCUCCACCGCCAAGCUCACUGUACAAGAGCUGCCGGUACAGAUCUUGGAGCAUCCACAGAACGUUGAAGCUGUGGAAGACAGCUCAGCAACUCUGUCCUGCCGCCUCUCCAAACCCAGAGUGAAUGUGGAGUGGAGGAAGGACUCCCAGCCCAUUCAGCCAGAUGAUAAAUUUGAAGUGCACCAGAAGGACUUCAAUGCAAGUUUGACCAUUUACAAACUGGAGCUGGAGGAUGCAGGAAGCUACAGCUGCCUGGCUGGAGAUCAGCAGAGCACGGCUUCACUCAUUGUGUGGGAGAAGCCAGUGGUGUUCACCAAGGGCCUGCAGGAUCUCACAGAAGAGGAACUCGGAGACGCUGUGUUAGUGUGCGAGGUGUCCAAAGAAGGGGCCCCAGUAACGUGGCUGAAAAAUGGUGGGGUGCUUUACACUGGACCAAAGUGUGAGAUGAGUCAGGAUGGAAGAGCGGCCAAACUGGUCCUGCAUCACUUGGGCCUGCACGACACUGGGCAGUACUCCUGUGAUACUGGUCAUGAUGUCACCACUGCUAGGCUCAAUGUAACAGAACCCAUCAUCUCCAUCACGAGGGGCCUGGAGGACUGUGAGGUGUUUGAGCAGGGCUCGGCCAUAUUCACUUGUGAGAUCUCCCACGCUAAUGUGAAGGAAGCCAAGUGGUCGUUGGCAGACACACCGCUACAGAACAACGAGCUCAAUGAAAUCAGUGUCAUCAAUGGCAAGACUCACGUGCUGACGAUUAACCACCUCACGGUGGAGGAGAGUGGCACUGUCAGCUUCAGUGCAAGGAAUGCCACUUCCUCUGCUCAGCUCACUGUCAAAUACCGUCCAGUCCACAUCACUCAGCCACUGCAGGAUGUUGAGGCUCAUGAGUCUGGGGACGUGACCUUCCUGUGUGAGCUGUCUGGACCAUCUGAGGUUACAUGGAGGAAGGCUGGGCAAGUGAUGGAGGCAGGCGAUCGGGUCCAUAUGUGGCAAGAGACCAACACGGCAAGACUCAUAAUCGUUGACGUGACCAUGGAUGACAAAGGGGAAUAUUGCUGUGACAUUGGGAGUGACAGUUCCACUGCCAAGCUCAAUGUACAAGAGAUGCCAGUCCAAAUCUUGGCACAUCUACAGAAUGCUGAAGCUGUGGAAGACAGCUCAGCAACUCUCUCCUGCUGCCUCUCUAAACCCAGAGUGGAUGUGGAGUGGAGGAAGGACUCCCAGCCCAUUCAGCCAGAUGAUAAAUUUGAAGUGUACCAGAAGGACUUCACUGCAAGUUUGACCGUUCACAAACUGAAGCUGGAGGAUGCAGGAAGCUACAGCUGCCUGGCCGGGGAUCAGCAGAGCACGGCUUCACUCAUUGUGUGGGAGAAGCCAGUGGUUUUCACCAAGGGCCUGCAGGAUCUGACAGAAGAGGAACUUGGAGACGCUGUGUUUGUGUGCGAGGUGUCCAAAGAAGGGGCCCCAGUAACGUGGCUGAAAAAUGGUGGGGUGCUAUAUCCUGGGGCAAAGUGUGAGAUGAGUCAGGAUGGAAGAGCGGCCAGACUGGUCCUGCAUGAAUUGGGCCUGCAUGAUGCUGGGCACUACUCCUGUGACACUGGCCAUGAAGUCACCACCGCCAGGCUCAAUGUCACAGAACCCAUCAUCUCCAUCAAAAGGGGCCUGGAGGACUGUGAGGUGUUUGAGCAGGGCUCGGCCAUAUUCACUUGUGAGAUCUCCCACGCUAAUGUGAAGGAAGCCAAGUGGUCGUUGGCGGACACACCGCUACAGAACAACGAGCUCAAUGAAAUCAGUGUAAUCAAUGGCAAGACCCACGUGCUGACGAUUAACCACCUCACGGUGGAGGAGAGUGGCACUGUCAACUUCAGUGCAAGGAAUGCAACAUCUUCGGCACACCUAACAGUUAAACAUCGUCCAGUCCACAUCACGCAGCCACUGCAAGAUGUUGAGACUUAUGAGUCUGGGGAGGUGACCUUCCUGUGUGAGCUCUCUGGACCAUCUGAGGUCACAUGGAGGAAGGCUGGGCGAGUGAUGGAGGCCAGCGAUCGGAUCCAUAUGUGGCAGGAGACCAACAUUGCAAGACUCACAAUCCUUGGCGUGAUCCAGGAGGAUAAAGGGGAAUAUUCGUGUGACAUUGGGAGUGACAGCUCCACCGCCAAACUCGGUGUACAAGAGCUGCCACUCCAGAUCAUGGAGCAUCUACAGAACGCUGAAGCUGUGGAAGACAGCUCUGCAACUCUGUCCUGCCGCCUCUCCAAACCCAGAGUGGAUGUGGAGUGGAGGAAGGACACCCAGCCCAUUCAGCCAGAUGAUAAAUUUGAAGUGCACCAGAAGGACUUCACUGCAAGUUUGACCAUUCACAAAUUGGAGCUGGAGGAUGCGGGAAGCUACAGCUGCCUGGCCGGGGAUCAGCAGAGCACGGCUUCACUCAUUGUGUGGGAGAAGCCAGUGGUGUUCACCAAGGGCCUGCAGGAUCUGACAGAAGAGGAACUCGGAGACGCUGCGUUUGUGUGCGAGGUGUCCAAAGAAGGGGCCCCAGUAACGUGGCUGAAAAAUGGUGGGGUGCUUUACCCUGGAGCAAAGUGUGAGAUGAUUCAGGAUGGAAGAGCGGCCAGACUGGUCCUGCAUCACUUGGGCCUGCACGACGCUGGGCACUACUCCUGUGACACUGGUCAUGAUGUCACCACCGCCACGCUCAAUGUCACAGAACCCAACAUCUCUAUCACGAGGAGUCUGAAGGACUGUGAGGUGUUUGAGCAGGGCUCGGCCAUAUUCACUUGUGAGAUCUCCCACGCUAAUGUGAAGGAAGCCAAGUGGUCGUUGGCGGACACACCGCUACAGAACAACGAGCUCAAUGAAAUCAGUGUCAUCAAUGGCAAGACCCACGUGCUGACGAUUAACCACCUCACGGUGGAGGAGAGUGGCACUGUCAGCUUCAGUGCAAGGAAUGUCACUUCCUCUGCUCAGCUCACUGUCAAACAUCGUCCAGUCCACAUCACACAGCCACUGCAGGAUUCUGAGGCUCAUGAGUCUGGGGAGGUGACCUUCCUGUGUGAGCUGUCUGGACCAUCUGAGGUCACGUGGAGGAAGGCUGGGCGAGUGAUGGAGGCCAGCGAUCGGGUCCAUAUGUGGCAAGAGACCAACACGGCAAGACUCAUAAUCGUUGGCGUGACCAUGGAUGACAAAGGGGAAUAUUGCUGUGACAUUGGGAGUGAGAGUUCCACCGCCAAACUCAAUGUACAAGAGCUCCCAGUCCAAAUCUUGGCACAUCUACAGAAUGCUGAAGCUGUGGAAGACAGCUCAGCAACUCUGUCCUGCCGCUUCUCCAAACCCAGAGUGGAUGUGGAGUGGAGGAAGGACUCCCAGCCCAUUCAGCCAGAUGAUAAAUUUGAAGUGCACCAGAAGGACUUCACUGCAAGUUUGACCGUUCACAAACUGGAGCUGGAGGAUGCAGGAAGCUACAGCUGCCUGGCCGCGGAUCAACAGAGCACGGCUUCACUCUUUGUGUGGGAAAAGCCAGUGGUAUUCACCAAGGGCCUGCAGGAUCUGACAGAAGAGGAACUCGGAGACGCUGCGUUUGUGUGCGAGGUAUCCAAAGAAGGGGCCCCAGUAACGUGGCUGAAAAAUGGUGGGGUGCUUUACCCUGGAGCAAAGUGUGAGAUGAGUCAGGAUGGAAGAGCGGCCAGACUGGUCCUGCAUCUCUUGGGCCUGCACGACGCUGGGCACUACUCCUGUGACACUGGUCAUGAUGUCACCACAGCCACGCUCAAUGUCACAGAACCCAACAUCUCUAUCACGAGGGGCCUGGAGGACUGUGAGGUGUUUGAGCAGGGCUCGGCCAUAUUCACUUGUGAGAUCUCCCACGCUAAUGUGAAGGAAGCCAAGUGGUCGUUGGCGGACACACCGCUACAGAACAACGAGCUCAAUGAAAUCAGUGUCACAAAUGGCAAGACCCACGUGCUGACGAUUAACCAUCUCACGGUGGAGGAGAGUGGCACUGUCAGCUUCAGUGCAAGGAAUGCCACUUCCUCUGCUCAGCUCACUGUCAAACAUCGUCCAGUCCACAUCACUCAGCCACUGCAGGACACUGAGGCUCAUGAGUCUGGGGAGGUGACCUUCUUGUGUGAGCUGUCUGGACCAUCUGAGGUCACGUGGAGGAAGGCUGGGCGAGUGAUGGAGGCCAGCGAUCGAGUCCAUAUGUGGCAGGAGGCCAACACGGCAAGACUCACAAUCAUUGGCGUGACCAUGGAUGACAAAGGGGAAUAUUGCUGUGACAUUGGGAGUGACAGUUCCACCGCCAAACUCAAUGUACAAGAGAUGCCAGUCCAAAUCAUGGCACAUCUGCAGAAUGCUGAAGCUGUGGAAGACAGCUCAGCAACUCUGUCCUGCCGCUUCUCCAAGCCCAGAGUGGAUGUGGAGUGGAGGAAGGACUCCCAGCCCAUUCAGCCAGAUGAUAAAUUUGAAGUGCACCAGAAGGACUUCACUGCAAGUUUGACCGUUCACCAGCUGGAGCUGGAGGAUGCAGGAAGCUACAGCUGCCUGGCCGGGGAUCAACAGAGCACGGCUUCACUCAUCGUGUGGGAGAAGCCAGUGGUGUUCACCAAGGGCCUGCAGGAUCUGACAGAAGAGGAACUUGGAGAUGCUGUGUUUGUGUGCGCGGUGUCCAAAGAAGGGGCCUCAGUAACGUGGCUGAAAAAUGGUGGGGUGCUUUACCCUGGAGCAAAGUGUGAGAUGAGUCAGGAUGGAAGAGCGGCCAGACUGGUCCUGCAUCACUUGGGCCUGCACGACGCUGGGCAGUACUCCUGUGAUACUGGCCAUGAUGUCACCACAGCCAUGCUCAAUGUCACAGAACCCAACAUCUCUAUCACGAGGGGCCUGGCGGACUGUGAGGUGUUUGAGCAGGGCUCGGCCAUAUUCACUUGUGAGAUCUCCCACGCUAAUGUGAAGGAAGCCAAGUGGUCGUUGGCAGACACACCGCUACAGAACAAUGAGCUCAAUGAAAUCAGUGUCAUCAAUGGCAAGACCCACGUGCUGACGAUUAACCACCUCACGGUGGAGGAGAGUGGCACUGUCAGCUUCAAUGCAAGGAAUGCCACUUCCUCUGCUCAACUAACUGUCAAACGGCGUCCAGUCCACAUCACGCAGCCACUGCAGGACACUGAGGCUCACGAAUCUGGGGAGGCGACCUUCCUGUGUGAGCUCUCUGGACCAUCUGAGGUCACGUGGAGGAAGGCUGGGCGAGUGAUGGAGGCCAGCGAUCGGGUCCACAUGUGGCAGGAGGCCAACACGGCAAGACUCACAAUCCUUGGUGUGACCCUGGAGGACAGAGGGGAAUAUUCGUGUGACAUUGGGAGUGACAGCUCCACUGCAACACUCAAUGUGCAAGAACUGCCAGUCCACAUCUUGGAGCAUCUCCAAAAUGCUGAAGCUGUGGAAGACAGCUCAGCAACUCUGUCCUGCCGCCUCUCCAAACCCAGAGUGGAUGUGGAGUGGAGGAAGGACUCACAGCCCAUUCAGCCAGAUGAUAAAUUUGAAGUGCACCAGAAGGACUUCACUGCAAGUUUGACCAUUCACCAACUAGAGCUGGAGGAUGCGGGAAGCUACAGCUGCGUAGCCGGGGAUCAGCAGAGCACGGCUUUACUCAUCGUGUGGGAGAAGCCAGUGGUGUUUACCAAGGGCCUGCAGGAUCUGACAGAAGAGGAACUUGGAGACGCUGUGUUUGUGUGCGAGGUGUCCAAAGAAGGGGCCCCAGUAACGUGGCUGAAAAAUGGUGGGGUGCUUUACCCUGGAGCAAAGUGUGAGAUGAGUCAGGAUGGAACGGCGGCCAGACUGGUCCUGCAUCACUUGGGCCUGCACGACGCUGGGCACUACUCCUGUGACACUGGUCAUGAUGUCACCACCGCCACGCUCAAUGUCACAGAACCCAUCAUCUCCAUCACGAGGGGCCUGGAGGACUGUGAGGUGUUUGAGCAGGGCUCGGCCAUAUUCACUUGUGAGAUCUCCCACGCUAAUGUGAAGGAAGCCAAGUGGUCGUUGGCGGACACACCUCUACAGAACAACGAGCUCAAUGAAAUCAGUGUCACAAAUGGCAAGACCCACGUGCUGACGAUUAACCACCUCACGGUGGAGGAGAGUGGCACUGUCAGCUUCAGUGCAAGGAAUGCCACUUCCUCUGCUCAGCUCACCAUCAAACAGCGUCCAGUCCACAUCACUCAGCCACUGCAGGAUGUUGAAGCUCAUGAGUCUGGGGAGGUGACGUUCCUGUGUGGGCUGUCUGGACCAUCUGAGGUCACGUGGAGGAAGGCUGGGCGAGUGAUGGAGGCCAGCGAUCGGGUCCAUAUGUGGCAAGAGACCAACACGGCAAGACUCACAAUCCUUGGUGCGACCCUGGAGGACAGAGGGGAAUAUUGCUGCGAUGUCGGCAGUGACAGCUCCACUGCCAAGCUCAUCGUAAAAGAGCUGCCAGUCCAGAUCUUGGAGCAUCUACAGAACGCUGAAGCUGUGGAAGACAGCUCUGCAACUCUGUCCUGCCGCCUCUCCAAACCCAGAGUAGAUGUCGAGUGGAGGAAGGACUCCCAGCCCAUUAAGGCAGACGAUAAAUUUGAAGUGUACCAGAAGGACUUCACUGCAAGUUUGACCGUUCACAAACUGGAGCUGGAGGAUGCAGGAAGCUACAGCUGCCUGGCUGGAGAUCAGCAGAGCACGGCUUCACUCAUCGUGUGGGAGAAGCCAGUCGUCUUCACCAAAGGCCUACAGGAUCUGACAGAAGAGGAACUCGGAGACGCUGUGUUUGUGUGCGAGGUGUCCAAAGAAGGGGCCCCAGUAACGUGGCUGAAAAAUGGUGGGGUGCUUUACCCUGGAGCAAAGUGUGAGAUGAGUCAGGAUGGAAGAGCGGCCAGACUGGUCCUGCAUCACUUGGGCCUGCACGACGCUGGGCAUUACUCCUGUGACACUGGUCAUGAUGUCACUGCAGCCACGCUCAAUGUCACAGAACCCAACAUCUCUAUCAUGAAGGCCCUGAAAGACUGCGAGGUGUUUGAGCAGGGCUCGGCCAUAUUCACUUGUGAGAUCUCCCACGCUAAUGUGAAGGAAGCCAAGUGGUCGUUGGCGGACACACCGCUACAGAACAACGAGCUCAAUGAAAUCAGUGUCACAAAUGGCAAGACCCACGUGCUGACGAUUAACCACCUCACGGUGGAGGAGAGUGGCACUGUCAGCUUCAGUGCAAGGAAUGUAACAUCCUCUGCUCUACUCACUGUCAAACGGCGUCCAGCCCACAUCACUCAGCCACUGCAGGACACUGAGGCUUAUGAGUCUGGGGAGGCGACCUUCCUGUGUGAGCUGUCUGGACCAUCUGAGAUCACAUGGAGGAAGGCUGGGCGGGUGAUGGAGGCCAGCGAUCGGGUCCAUAUGUGGCAGCAGGACAACACGGCAAGACUCACAAUCCUUGGUGUGACCAAGAAGGAUGGAGUGGAAUAUUCCUGUCAUGUCGGCAGUGACAGCUCAUCUGCUCGGCUGAGUGUAAAAGAGCUGCCACUCCAGAUCAUGGAGCAUCUACAGAACGUUGAAGCUGUUGAAGACAGCUCUGCAACUCUGUCCUGCCGCCUCUCCAAACCCAGAGUGGAUGUGGAGUGGAGGAAGGACUCCCAGCCCAUUCAGCCAGAUGAUAAAUUUGAAGUGCACCAGAAGGACUUCACUGCAAGUUUGACCGUUCACAAACUGGAGCUGGAGGAUGCGGGAAGCUACAGCUGCCUGGUCGGGGAUCAGCAGAGCACGGCUUCACUCUUUGUGUGGGAGAAGCCAGUGGUGUUCACCAAGGGCCUGCAGGAUCUGACUGAAGACGAACAAGGAGACGCUGUGUUUGUGUGCGAGGUAUCCAAAGAAGGGGCCCCAGUAACGUGGCUGAAAAAUGGUGGGGUGCUUUACCCUGGAGCAAAGUGUGAGAUAAGUCAGGAUGGAAGAGCGGCCAGACUGGUCCUGCAUCACUUGGGCCUGCACGACGCUGGGCAGUACUCCUGUGACACUGGUCAUGAUGUCACCACCGCCACGCUCAAUGUCACAGAGCUUCCUGUGGAGGUGCUCGGCUGCAUUCAGGAUGUGGAAGUUACUGCAGGCGCCUGCGCUGCGUUCGAGUGCACGCUGUCGAAUCGGUGCGCAGACGUCGAGUGGUGGCUGGGUGACGUACGGUUGCAGGACAACGAGCUUAACCAGAUGAGCGUUCGUGAUGAGCGAACCCACGUGCUCACCAUGGUGCAACUCUCCCUGGAGGACUCUGGCACUCUCACCUUCCGGGCCAGAGGGGCCUCCUCCUCCGCCACACUUACCGUUAAAAGGCGUCCUGUGCUGGUGGUGGAGCCGCUGCUCCCAGUCACCGUCGAGGAGACGGAUGAAGCCACGCUGUCCUGCCGCCUCUCCGAGACGGCCCCCGUGAGCUGGAGGAGAGAGGCCUCGACGCUGGAGCCCGGCGACCGCGUGCGCAUGGCGGUGGACGGCGAAGGCACGGCGAGCCUGCGGAUCGCGCCGGUCGCAGUGGACGACGCGGGCGUCUACACCUGUGAGACGCAGGAUGACAGCACCUCUGCCCCUCUCACCGUCACAGAAAAAGUAGCCGUCUUCACGGAGGGCCUGAAGGACCUCGUGCAGGAGGAGAGGACGGAGGCGAUGCUGACGUGCGAGCUAUCGCGGGCGGACGUGCCCGUCACGUGGAGCAAGGACGCGAUGACGCUCCCGCUUGGGCACAAGCACGGCUUCCUGCGCGACGGCUGCUCGGCUGCGCUUCUCAUCCCCAAGCUGAGCCUGUCGGACGCCGGGGAGUACUCCUGCCACACAGGGCACGACCACACCUCGGCGGUGCUCACCAUCACGGAGAGGGACAUCCAGAUCGUGCAGCAGCUGCAGGACACGGAGGUGUGCGAGGGCGAAGCGGCGUGCUUCACCUGCGAGCUCUCCCACGAGCACGUCGAUGACGCACGGUGGAUGCGGGGAGAAAGACGGCUGGAGAGCGACGCCAGUCACGAGAUCACGGUGGAGGGAAGGACGCACAGGCUCGUUCUCCUCAGCCCAGGCCCGCAGGACGGAGGCCCCGUUGGCUUCUGGGCCGGCCACGCCGCCAGCUCGGCAUUGCUCACCGUGAACAAGCGGCCGGUAAAGGUGGUGGUACCCCUCUCGGACACGGUGGCGGAGGAGCGGUCCUCGGUGACCCUCGAGUGCGAGCUGUCGGAGCCGGCAGCCGUGUCGUGGCUGCGGGACGGAGCGGCGGUGCCACCCAGCGAGCGCGUCGUCACGGAGCAGCGCGGCUCGCUCGCGCGCCUCGCCAUCCGCCGCGUCGCGUUGGACGACAGCGGCAUGUACACCUGCAAGAGCGGGGAUGCCGUCAGCACCUGCAUCCUCGGGGUCACAGCGUGGCACACGGAGGUGCGGCGUGGCCUGACGGACGUGAGCGUGGCGCCGGGAGAGCCGGCGCACUUCUCCUGCCAGUUCAACCGCGCGCUGCCGCCCGCGGAAGUGGCGUGGUUCGUGAACGGCGUCGCAGUCGGAGCGGAGGCCGAUACGUCGCCCCUGUGGGAGCGGAGACAGGAGGGCGCCACCUGCUCCCUGCUGCUCCACUUCGCCCAGCCUCAGCACAGCGGGGAGGUGAAGUGCGAGGCGAGGGACGCUGUCUCCCGCGCCACCCUCACGGUCUCCGCGGGGCCCCCCGAGCCGCCCGAGGACGCCGAGGUGAUCGUCGUGACACGGCACUCGGUCACGGUGUCGUGGGUGGCGCCGCAGGCGGACCGUGGCAGCAGGGUGACGGGCUACUGGGUGGAGAUGUUCCCGUCGACGGACAGGUGCUGGAUCCCGUGCCACGGGCAGCCCCUGCGGAGCACCCGGCUCACCGUGCAGAACCUCCUCCCCGACAUCUCCUACUGCUUCCGCGUCUUCGCCGUCAACCAGCACGGCCGCAGCAAGGCCAUGCAGCUGCCGCAGAGCGUGCGCCUCGAGUACACGGAACGCUCGCCACGGAGCGCCGAGGUGGAGGAGAAGGAGCAGCAGCAGCGGGAAGAGCAGCAGGAGGCGGUGUUUCGCGACUACAGGAGCCAGAAGGAGCAGGAGCCGCAGGCGGAGGCAGGCGACGCCCAGGGGCCCGUGCUGCUGGAGCCCACUCGCACUAGCCUCCGGCGCUUCCUCAUCACGCGCCAGUCCACCGAGGAGUCCUACACCAGCACCGACGAGCCGAGCGAGGCCACCCCCGAGGCUGAAGACGAGACGCAGCAGGAGCAGCAGCUGACGUCGGAGCAGACAUACCGCGAGGACGAGCACUACAUCUACAUCACCUUCCUCGACGCGGGAGAGGCACACCUGGCAGCCGGCAGCUUCCGCAAGCUCUUUGGACUGCAGGGCUCGCCGGUGGAGGUGAGCCUGCUGGAGAAGGGUCCCGGCGGGGCAGCCGAGGUGCGCGUCAGCAAGCAGCCCGUCCUGCCGAGCCCGGCCACCAGGCGCCGCCGCCUGCUCCUCGGGCACGUGCUGGCGCAUUCGUGCCCAAGGCUUCCCACGGAGCACGGCGAGCACAGCGCCAGCGGCCAGAACGACAGCGCGCCCUGGUUUCUGCGGAAGCUGCGGAGCCAGGAGCUGCUGCUGCGCCAACAGGUGACGCUGCACUGCGCCGUGGCCGGACUACCCACUCCCGUCGUGCGCUGGUACAAGGACGGGCGGCACCUGGAGACGAGCAAGCACUACGAGAUCAGCGCCCGCGAGGACGGGAGGCACCGGCUCGUGAUCCAGGCGUGCGGGCCCCAGGACGCCGGCGUGUACCGCUGCGUUGCCGAGAACCGCGCCGGCAUCGCCUCCAGCCGUGCGGAGCUACACCUGGACGCAUCCGGGGAUGCCGGUGGAGCGGGCCUGCUCGCUGCUACUGGUGCUACUUUACCGAGGGACCAAUCGGAGAAGGUUCUGGAGUCUCAGGUGGAGGAAGAACCUCCCCAGUUUACACAGGAACUGCAAGACACGUAUGUGUCCGCUGGCGCUCAGAACGUCAGCCUGUCCGUCAGAGUCACAGGCUCCCCGGCCCCGCGGCUCUACUGGUUUAAGGACGGGCGGCCUCUGGCCAGCUCCCAGCGGCUGCAGGUGUGUCAGGUGGGCACGCGGCACGUGCUCACGAUCGACCCCCUGCUGCCCGAGGAUUUCGCGGAGUACGCCGUGUGCGCCAGCAGCAUGGCCGGCUGCGUCUACACCUCGGCCUACCUCCUCCUGCAGGCCCCAGAGACUGCGGAAGCAAAGGCAGAAGUGAGAUCCGCGGGUGAAGCGCUCGGGAGUCUGGUGCCACCGCGGUUCCUCGAGAGGUUCACCAACCAGCGCGUGUCACGCGGCGCGAGCGUCACACUCGGCGUCAUCCUCGAGGGCUGCCCGGAGCCGCUGGUGACGUGGCUGAAGGAGGAGUCCCCGGACAAGGUGCACCGGAUAAAGGGGACGACGGAAGGGUUUCGUCUGACGAGCAGCGCGCCCGCGCACAGCCUGUGCAUCCCGCGGGCGGCACCACACCACGCCAGCAGCUACACCUGCAUCGCCAGCAACCCCGCGGGGCAGGCCAUCUGCACGGCGAACGUGGAGGUGCUCCCCGAUCGAGGGCCCAGUGGGGACAGCGAAGUGCGGUCGGCGAUGAAGCAGGAGCAUCUCUCUUACAUCCUCAAGAGGCCGAUAGGAGGUGACGCUGUAGGACAAGUGCCCAAGAAGAGCAGCGAUCGGGCCGUGGAGCGCGUCAGGGAGGAGCUGCAGGUGCCGGAAGAGCGAGACUCGCGAGCCUCCAGCCCCAUCUUCCUGUCGGAGGAGCUCAUCCAGAAGCUGACAUCUCAGAUCACCGAGAUCGUCUCCACGCAGUUCUCUCAGGCGUCCCUGCGCGUGCGCCUACUAGAAGCCGGAGAGGAGGAGAGGAGAGCUCACAGCCCGUCCCCGAAGACCUCCACCCCUCCGCCGCGCCUCCCCGGGCCCGCCGAGGCCACCUCUGAGUCCGAGGAGGACGAUUUCCAGCAGCGGGGCGUGGAGGUGUACGUGCUGGUGGCCGACUACACGUGGACCAGCACGGAGCGCGCAUUCCUGUCGCUGGGCAGGGGGGAACACGUGGAGGUGCUGGACUGUGCCCACCCGCUGCUGUGGCUCGUGCGCAGCAGGUCCUCAGAGACCUCCGCGUGCCAGCAGGGAUGGGUCUCCUCCGCCUACCUGGAGAAGAAGCCACAGACACCAUCCACGGGCCGCAAGGAACAACCCAUCGAGGUCACCCUGCAGCAGCUGGUGGCGGCGGAGGAGAAGUUUGUGAAGAAGCUGUCCUUCCUGGUGUCGCAUCACGUGCAGUUCGUGGAGAGUCAGGUCAACAUCCCGGCACUGGUCAGGUCCAAGCGGGAGGCCAUCUUCAGGAAUGUGCAGGACAUCCUCAACUUCCACCGACAGGUUUUCCUGCCCAGGCUCAGGGCGUGCAGGGACGAGAGCGACGUGGUGGACGCCAUCCUGGGCAGCCGCGAGCAACUCCAGGUGUACGUGCAGUACCUACGCGGCAAACCGAAGGCCGACCUGCUCUUGCUGAGCGACGCCGUCAGGGUCACCUUCGAGAAAUAUACCGAGAUCCUACGCCAGUCCACACACUUCCCCGAGUCGGUGCUGUCCAUACAGAAAUACUUGGACCUGCCCCAGGAGCAGCUGCACAUUUAUCAGGUGGCACUGAAGGACUUGAUCCGGAGGCGCGCGAGCCGGGGCGGCGACUGCCGAGGCCUGGAGGAGGCCUACGGCGUGGUGGCGUCGCUUCCGAAACGCGCGGAGGACGAGAUGAAGCUGUCCAUGAUCGAGGAGGUGCCCACCAACCUCGCCGACCUUGGCCCACUCUUGCGACAGGACGUGUUUGAGGCGUGGGAGGGCAGCGAGGCGAUAAGCCGACGAGGCCACCGCCGCCACCUCUUCCUCUUCAACAGCCACCUGCUCGUGUGCAAGGCGAGGCGUGGAAGCCACUCGGCCUCCCAGGCCUACACGUGCCUGCACGCCCUGCCGGUGCGGAACGUAGAGGUGAGCGAGGUGGUGGAGGGGCACGAGCGAAUCCUGGAGCUGUUGCAUGAGCACGAGAGCGGGCUGGACAAGUUCACGCUGCAGGCAGCCAGCGUGGCCCACAAGGACGCGUGGCUUUGUGAGCUGUACCUCUUGCAGGGGAGGCAGAAGACGCAGAAGACGCAGCAGCAGCCGCAGGAUUCGCAAGAUCCAGCCUGGGGCCCCCCGCGCUUCACCGAGAAGCUGGAGGAGUGCACCGUGCGGGAGGGCCACUCCAUCACACUGCGCUGCCACGUGAUGGGCACCCCGCGGCCCGUCAUCACCUGGUACAAAGACGGCUGGCCCCUGGAGGUGGACGAUGAUCACAAGCCACGGGUGGACGACGGCCGGAACUGCACGCUCGCCCUGAGCUGCGUGCGGCGCAGCGACGCGGGGCUUUAUCGCUGCGAGGCGGCGAGCGCGGCCGGCCAGGCCGACACCGCGGCCGCCCUGCGCAUCGCCGGUGCCGAGCAAGAAACUGAGAAAGACGCCAGAAGCUCAAAGAAAACUGUCAUCAUCGAGGAGACGGUCACCACGGUUGUGAAGAGCGCCGCCAUGCGCGCUCGCUCCCCACAGCCCACGAUGAUGACGAUGAUGAUGACUCCCCCGGGGCCUCCCGGCGCCGAGUCCUCCUCCUGGACCCUGUCCACGGGGUGCGCCGGCCGCACGGAGAUCCUCACGGAGACCACCAUCACGCAGGCGCACUCAGACACGGCGACCACCGGCGCGGUGCCUCGCGUCAGGGUGAUCGCGCCGGCGGGAGAAGGUCCGCAGAGGGAGGGGCCCACGGCGGGCUGGGUGCAGGUGGAUGAACGCGUGGAGGUGCAGCUCGCGAGCCGCGCGCGUGGAGCCUCUCCGGUGGAGCCGGCCCCCCCACGAGGCGACCCCAACACCAACAACUCCAACAACAAGGCGGAGGAGGAGUGGCCGCCGUCGCCGCUCGCCGGCGCGGACCCCGUUCGACCGGGAUCCCCCACCCCUGAAGAUCGUGUUUCGUCCCCUCUAGAGCACCGGGGUCCCGCGCGGCACCCGUCCCCCGACGCGCAACAUAGCGGCGUAGAGGUGUCCGUGACGGCCAUACACGGCGAGGGGCCGGGGUGGGAGGUGGAGGGGGCAGACCUCGCCGCGUCUGCGUCCGCUCCGCAGCUAGAGUAGGACGAGGUAAACCCCGAGCCGGGCCGCGUACUCGAUCGCCCGCGGGGUCGCGGGCGCAGCCGUGGCCACACUGGAUGUGGGCGCCCGCGACGUCGCAGGGCACGAGUGACGCUGUCCAGCAGACAAGAGGAGCCGACAGACGUAGCGAGGUCUCCGCCUGUCGCGUUUGCACAGGCGCCCCAAUAACACCGCUCCGGAAUUUGCCGUGGGGAGGUCCCGGGGUCCAGGAGCUCCGGGGGUUCUGGAGGUUCAAGUGCGGAGGAACCUCGCCUUGAGCACGACGAGGCUGUACCCCGGGACGAGCGCAGAGAGGCUCUCGCACCUCUCACGCGCGGCUCACGCUGCUGCUGCUGCUGCAAUGCGAUCCGCUCGGGGCUGGCGGGGCGCGGAUAAAAAUAAAGCGGAGAGCGCAACCGCCUCCACCGCCGCCGCCAGUCCGAGCCAACAUCGGCGGCCGCAGCUGCUGCGGGCAGUGACCGUGGCGAGGCCUCGCUCCCCGGCGGCGCGCGUUUGUCUCGUGUGGUGUUUGUGGUGCUGUAGCCUUGAGUAGCCGUACAUCUGUUCGUUUGUGUAAAAAAAAGCCAGUUUGCUUUUAGGGCUGUUCAUUCUAAAGCGGUACGCAAUGCAUAACGCCGAAGCACAAAUGACAUUGAGAAGCGACGGUGACGAGUCGCGAGGGGAGGAGACUCCGCGCUCCCUCGGGAGGCCCCCGGCUCCCGCGGCCGCCCCGGCGAGCCCCCUCAUCCCCACCAAGCGCGCCGAGGUGGAGGUUGCCGCGGUCCCCAACAGCAACGGCACCCAGGCCGGCCCGCACCCCCGCCAGCCGGCGUUCGCAAGAGGGCUGCACAGCUGCACCAUCAGCGCGGGCUGCGACAUUCGGCUGCGCGUGGAGGUGACGGGCUCGCCGCGGCCCCGCCUGAGCUGGCAGAAGGAUUCGGCGCCCCUUGAGCCCGAGGGCCGCGACGGCUACGGCUGCCUGUGGCUGCGCGACUGCGCGCCCCGAGACGCCGGGGUCUACGCUUGCGUGGCGUCCAACUGCGCCGGGGAGGCGCGAACCUGUGCGCGCCUCGCCGUCACCUCGCCCGCAGGUACCGGCCGCGAGUGCGCGGAGCCUCACUGCAUGGUCGCCCCUCGGGGGCCGCUCCGACUCCCCGUCUCUGCUGCUGCUGCUGAAUGCGAUGAGAAUGCAUUGUACAAACUUGUACUUUAAUAAAAAUAGCGGACACUUUGCA